AUGAACACAGACGGCUAUUUAUACCCCAACAUCAGUGACAGAAGGAUCGAUCAGCAGUGGCAGUAUCGGAUCUAUUGUAAGAGACUGAAGACCAGUGAACGCAACCUGCUGCAUCACUACCUGGAGAGAACCACACUGACUGAUGUACAACAUAUACAACCUAACACAGAAGAGAAGCAGCAGGACCAGAAAGACCAGCAGGAUCAUGAGGAUCCGGAGCAGAACCAGCUGAUCUUUCAGCUGAAUGGAGAUCAUUGGACGGACUUCCCCAAAGAGCUGCAGUGGAUGACCUACCUGAGAGAGUGGCACGUCAUGGGGACAAAGAUCCGUCAGCUGCCAGACUACCUGGCCCUGUUCACCCAGCUCACCGUGCUCGACAUCCCCAAAAACGCCAUUGUGGAGCUGCCACCUGAGAUCGGUAAACUGACGGGGUUGAGGGAAUUAAACGUCAGCUACAACCGUCUGUCCAGAGUUCCUCCAGAGCUCGGAGACUGCGAGAACCUGGAGAGACUGGAGCUCACAGGAAACCACCUGUCCGAGCUGCCAUUUGAGGUGAGACAGAGAGGAUGGAAGCUAGACUGCUUCAUUUCACAGACACUGAAACAUUAACAGGUGAAUUCUUUAUUUCUGGUGAAUUGUGUCUUUAUUUGUUAGCGUUGAAAGAGCAGUUUGACACCUUUAAAGCUGCUGGCAGGUGGAUUUUGUUGCCUUGAUGUUUACCUGUUUCCAGUAUUUGCAAGUUCAUCCACCUGCAGCCGCACCACCAAUGUGAAGGAAGGUGUCACAGAAGAGACGGCGCCCCAAAAUUUAACAACAUUAAUCUCAAGAAACCAAACUUUAGGCUGAUGUGAGAUUCAGAAAAGAGACUUAUAUAAUGUUUUCAGGCCAGGUUAAACGUGUACGCUGCCUCUGAUUGGCUGAGAGAGAGAGUAGGGGCAAUCUUAGUUAUUCAAUUAUUCAUAUAAAAAAACUAAACAAAAAUAAAUUUUUUUGAUGUUUUUAAAAAGCAACAUUUAUGUAUAAAUUUAUAUUUCUAGCAGUUAGAACACAAUUUAUAAUUUAUCCUCAUUAUUUCUGCUUAAUAGUUGCUAAAAUACCUUUAUUUAUAUUUCUUCUUUGCAUUCAUUGAUUAUCAAUUAUUUAAGUCUUAAAUAUUGUUGUGGCUCAAACAGACUAGAUUAUUAAAACUGCUCCCUUUAAUAACAUUUCUAAUAAUAAGAACGUUUUAUAAUAUUUAAUACUUUUAUUUCCAGUAGAAGUGGGCGGGGUCAGUCUUUGUGCUAAGCUAAGCUAACUUUGCUGUCAUUUCCUAUUUACGGCCCCGUUAGAGAGCCGCUCUGUAUUAUUGAUCAGUCAACAUUUCAACAUAUUCUGUCAGUUUUUUUUUU